CACAAUCACAUAAAUUAAAGAUUUGACUAUAUUUAAAAAUCAAUUUAAUUAAAACUUUAAAAAAAUUGGAGAAACUAAGAACAAAUUUCUAACUUCACUUUAUAUAUUGAUGGUCAUUAUUUAUUUACCAAACAAAAAAAAACAUUAAUUUCUAAAUUAUCAACCAAAAUUUCAUCUAAAUCUCUCAAAUUUUACUCCCAUCAUCCAACCAACCCUUCCCAGGCUCCGAGUAGUACUAUUUAGGGACAGGGAGUGUAUUUAUUCAAAGAAAUUCUACGAAGCCAUUCCCAAUUUCGAAACCCGGUUCCCAAUCUUAAUUUGAUCUGCACAAUUCCAUAAUUCAAUCACACCAAACAUCUAGAGUUGUAAGGUAAUCGAGUAGGAACCUACGUUUGAUCUACAGAUCUUGGAUCAAUGGCUGCUCCAGAUGCAUUGUUUAGUCUUCGUAACAAUUUCUACUUGGGAGCUUUCCAAGCCGCCAUUAACAACAGCGAUAUAUCUAAUCUAUCGGAAGAAGAAUCAAUUGAAAGAGAUUGUUUCGUAUACAGAUCUUACAUUGCUCUUGGUAGUCAUCAACUUGUCAUCAAUGAAAUCGAUUCAUCUGCUGCCACUCCUCUUCAAGCCGUCAAAUUGCUUGCACUUUAUCUUUCUGGGCCUGAAAACAAGGAUUCGGCAAUUGCGAGCUUGAAGGAGUGGUUAGCAGAUCCUGCCAUGGGGAAUAUCCCUACUUUGCGCCUUGUUGCCGGCAUCAUAUUUUUGCAUCACCAAGAGUAUUCUGAAGCUUUGAAGCAUACCAAUGCUGGAGGAACCAUGGAAUUACAUGCAUUGAACGUUCAAAUAUAUCUCAAGAUGUGUAGAGUAGAUCAUGCUGAGAAACAACUUAAGAUUAUGCAACAGAUUGAUGAGGAUCAUACAUUGACUCAACUUGCUAAUGCUUGGCUUAACUUAGCUGUGGGAGGUUCCAAAGUUCAGGAAGCUUAUCUCAUCUUCCAGGAUUUCUCUGAGAGAUUUCCGAUGACUGGAUUGAUCCUCAAUGGCAAGGCUGUUUGUUGCAUGCACAUGGGUAACUUUGAUGAAGCUGAAUCAUUCUUACUUGAAGCUCUCAACAAGGAUGCGAAGGAUGCUGAAACACUGUCAAAUUUGGUUGUAUGCUGUCUUCACCUGAACAAACCAACAACUCGAUACUUGAGUCAAUUGAAGGUAACACAUCCAGAGCACAUGUUUGUGAAUCGUUUAUCAUCUGCAGAAGAAAAUUUCGAGAGGGCUGCUCAGUCAGUUGCAUAAGCGAUCUAUUAUCACCUUUUUGAAAUCAGGAUAUAUUAAUACUUGAUUCUAUCAAGCAGUCGAUUUGUUCUUUAUGAAAUUAGCUUGAAUUACUUUGAUUGCUUUCCUUUCUUUUACUUUACCUUUCAAGAUGGGGUCAUCCAACUUAGCGGGAAAUAGAAUCGAAAUUUGUAAUGACAGGUUUAUAUGUUUCAUAUGGGCAGGGGCCAUGUUUGAUUUUUAAUGUUUUGCAUUUUGUUUUGCGGAGAAAUUGUCUUAGUUACCUAAACUUCAAGUAUGAUAUGGCCUGGAUUGACCUCUUCACAUCUAAGCUCGAUCACUGCUGCAAAGGAUAUGGGAGUAUUUCUUGGCUUUCCCUUCUCCUUUGCAAAUUAUCAGCCUUCUCUCAUUUGUAAUUUUGUACUUUGUUGCAUAGUUUAAAAACUAAGGCUUCAUUGCAUCGCAAGAGUCACAUUAUAAAGGUUUUUACAAACACAAUUCUGUAAUUCUCCUUUAUUGUAAGGGUGUAAAAAACUGUUUUAGACCGUUUAGACUUUCGAGGAUGUCUUAUGCCUUCAGCCUUCA